GUCUCUGCCACUUCUGCCAGAGUGCCAUCGCCUGCCGCCAAAGCUACUGCUGCUGCUCCUUCCUCUGCUCCCAGCCACCUGGUACCGGCUAUCGGAGAGGUAUCAUGGGUUUCUCGAAGUUCCCCCUCUUCCUGGUCCUCAGCAUCCUGAUCAUCCACCAGGCAGGCAUGCUCCAGGCAGCACCAUUCAGGUCAGUCUGGAAAAAUGGCUUUGUACCAGCUACACUCACUGAGGAGGAAUCGUACUUCCUACUGGCCACAAUGGUGAAAUGCUAUGUGGAGAUGAAGGCUAGUGAGCUGGAGUAUGAGACUGAGGACUUCGGCAUCAUUGCCCAGGAGAGAACCAGUGACACCGCCACCAGCAUGACCCAUAAGAUGGCAGGCUUCCUGGGCAAAUCUGGGAGCAAGAUUAAGAGGAACAUCAUGUCCACCAGUGGCUCCAAAGCCUUUGGCCGGCACCGCAGGGAUCUUCAGAACCAACUAGGGAAAUAAUUCCAGGAAGAAGAUGACCAGCCAGUACUUCAAAUGGCACAGCUGGUGGCUGGGUUUUACAGACAUGCAUGCCACAUUCUAACCCUCUCUUGGCCCGUAUCUUAAAAAUAUCCACAGCAGAGUUGCUGAGCCCAGUGUCUAGAUACAGAACAGAGAGCCUCAAUAUCUGAAAUCCUUCUAACUUGCGUUCAUUUGUUUUCCAGUGUCUCUCGGUGAUACUGAGAUCAUCUGCCGGGAAACAUAGAUCCUAUUCAUUUAAAACACUGUUCCAGACCUCCCUGGUGGUCCAGUAGUUAAGACUUCACACUUCCACGACCAGGGGAAAAGGUUCGGGCCCUGGUUGGGGAACUAAGAUCCCACAUGCUUAAGAUCCCACACUGCAACAUGCCACACCAUGGUGCAGAAAAAGCAAGCAUACAAACAAAAACUGCUCCUUGCAGUUAUAAUUGUGAUUAUUCUAGUUUUUGAGUUUGAAAGGCAAAGACCCGACCCUUUGAGAAUAUUUCCUACAAUGUCGUCUGGAUUCAGAGAUAGACUUGGGUUCAAAUACUGUGUCCUCUACCAUGUCCCCAUGGGCCAAACCCUCUAUAAGCCUGUUUCCCCAUUUAACUUGAAGGCAACAAUACUAGCUACCUGUUAGCAGCUGAACUCUACUUCUUGUAAUUUGCAAUGAAAGAAACUUGCAGAAAAAAUAGCAUGGAAGACCUGCAUGUAUGCAUGCUUGUUGAUGUUGAAAACGUUCUUUUCCUUGAAGUAAACUGAAGCUAAAUGCGAAAUAAACUCAUUUGCCGUUA